CCGAGCGCCCUCCUCCUCACAACCCCUUACACUCCUCCACCGGGUCUCCAUAGCAAAGCCCCAGCCUCACUAGCCUUGCGGUUUAUCCUAUGGCUCUGCUCGGACGCCAGCAGCAGGUAGGUUUCUGUUCCCAAUUGCUAUCUCUGCCAGUUCCUGAGGCGCAAUGGCCGACGCUGUCCAUUGCAUCAGUUGAUUUAUUUGCACUGCACACUCUAUCCAUUCAAAAUGGACCCCUCUGCCUAUCAGCAAAGAUUAAAGGCGAGGAGCUGGACACAAACACCAUUGUCUGUGCGGAGAGGGAGCCACUCUUGUGCGCAUGGUCUAACCGCAAAUUAGUAGUGCGCUAGGUUGGAAUGGCAGGCGCAGCACUUUGCUACUGUCUCUGUCCCACCUUGGUACCCAGAAACAGCUACAAAACGAUCGCAUUGUCUCAAGCUAAAAACCUAUUCUUACGUCUUUGUUUGUAGAUAACCGAGCAGCUCAGAUUGAAAUGCACUUGUCAUAAUGGACUGGCUGGCGACUGCCACCUGCGCUCGUUUGGCCUGUUUAUCGCCAAUGCGCAAAACGAGAUCCAGCAUGCCGACCACGAUGCCAUUGAGGUUCUGCGUGGACCAGCCGAAGAGUGGGAUGCCGGGCGGAUGGUACGGCUGCGCGACACGGCAUGUUCAGGCGCACUGUCCAAGUACUGGACGAUCAUCGAGUUUAUGACCGUGGGCGAGGAAUCGCCGACCACCGCAGAAAACAACCAUCACUAUGUGGUCGUUGAGCGCAGCGAGGAUAGCUCUGUCAGAU